CUCAUUUUGCGUUUAGUUUUCAUUUUGAAUCAUCUUUCAAUUUACAUACGAGAGAAAUAUUUUUCGUUCAAAUGAAUUAUGUGCUGUCUGCGCUUAAUUUACAAUUUUAAUUAAUAUUUUUCGACGAUUCUACAUCGUGUGACAAAAUAUAAAUCAUGUGAAAGUUGUAUACAAAUGCUGUUGGAAAGAAAAAUGAAAAUCGUGACUAAAGAAAUUAUGCUAAAGUUGAAGAAUGAAGAAAAGUCUACUGAUUUGGAAUGUGACAGCAAUUAAAUGGCUUUAUUGUAACCUUAAUAGUAUAUCGUAAAAAUAUGCAUAAAUAAAUCAGAAAUUCGUUUUUUAAAAAAGUUUAAAAUGUUUGGAAUUUCAAGUACCCAGGAUAACUUCCACGGCACGAGCCAUCGGUGUUCUCAUUUUC